AUGGAUGUGGAGGCCAGGGUGCUGCAGCCGCUGGCCGAGCUCCAGGAGCGCUUCCGGGAGCGCCUGGCCGCGGGCACCGAUUGGGGCGCCGGGGCGGAGGACGAGCUCCUGGCGCCGUUCGUACUGCAGCGGCGGGUCCAGGUGCUCUGCGACUUCAUGUCGGGGCGAGGCUUCUCCGGCUGCGAGCAGCGCGACGAGAGCUAUUACGAUGCGCGGAACUCGCGUAUGGACCAGGUGCUGGAACGCAGGACGGGCAUCCCCAUCACCCUGUCCCUGGCCUACAUGCAGGUGGGCAGGGCCGGCGGGAUCGAGCUGCAGGGCGUGGCUUUCCCGGGGCACUUCCUGCUCGGCUUCGGGCGUGGCGAGGGCGCGGGGCUCUUGGACGCGUACUCGAACCGCAUCGUCAACGAGGACGAGGCGGCUCUGCUCCUCGCGGGCGUCUUCGGAAGGCCAGUCAGGAUAGAUCCUGGGUGGAGGAGCAUGCCGCGGCUGCCCAACGCCGCCUUCCUGCUGCGCAUGGUGCGCAACCUGCAGAACGUCUACGAGCGCGACGGCAACUUCGCGCAGGCCGCGCAGGUG